AUGAGAUCCUCGAUUCGGAUUUCUCCUCCACUUUGUCCGAAUGCACAAAUGCUGGAUGACGAACUCAAACUCUGUCAUGCGGCGAUGCCUUGUUCGAGCAUUUCGAUCCCUGUCCACGCAACGGAGGGAGGGAUGGUAGUGGUCAACGACCGAGUCUGCCCGAAGCCGUUUCUUCUCACACCAAGGGGCGGAGAAGCAAGACCAGCAGGGUCAGCUCGUGACUUUGUUCCGCAAUGGUGCGCCGUGAUCAAGGCGAAUCGGCAUACAGAUUCCAGAGCUGCCGACGGCAAUAUUGACAGCCAUUCAGUUGGCAACAGCAGUGACCAAAAUAGCGACAUGCGUCGAAUUGCGGAUCAAACGAGCAUCGACGCUGUAAGCGAGGUCAUGUAUCGAGCGGGAGUUCACGUCAGCGAUGGUAGCGAGCAUGGCCUCUUUAGGGCUCGCGGCUAUCGGACAAUGAUCAGCAGCGAGGCGUGUGAAACGAUGCGAGGGAGAGUGAGAGAGCGCGACAAUCGAGCGCUACCGCAAUCUACGAUGCGAGAUUUGCGGGGUCGAGAAAUCAGCCGUGGAGCGCGUGUGACGCAAGCGCGCCAUCGGAUGAGGCGUCUCUGUCGCGCCAAGUCGGCUGAUACCGACUGUUGCUCAGCACUUUUUGGCCCCUCUUUUCCCCCUGAUCACCGGCAUCGAAACCCUGAUUUCUUCAACGCCGCGUUGAUCGCCGAUCGACUCAGCCAGGUCCAAUUCAAUAUGGUAUCUCUUCCACGCUUUCUGCAAGCAAGCACGACCAGCCACGACGCUCCGGAUCCUUGCGCUCCAUCAAUACCCAACGUAGCCACUGAAAUUAUGUCUGACGAAUCGAUCCCAAAUGGCGGCCCUUUGGGCCCGCUCCGCCCACCCGGCAGCCUCAAGACGGUCUUCCGCACGCCGCUUCCCCGUGAUUUGGAUGCCGACGAGUUUGUCGACGAGGUCGUCCCGGAACACAUCCAGAGCUCCCUUCUGACAUCAAGUGCCAGCACAGGACGCCGCUUACGUCUCGACGAUUCGGCUGGUGAAGGCCUCCGCAGAAACGUGCUACUGCGCAAUGCCAUGCUAUCCAGUCUGGAACGCGAGCGACGUGAGCUGUCCGAGGCAACAAUCGAGUAUAGCGCCGUUGCAUCGAGUAAUGUCGACGCACUGGUCACUUCCGAUUCCGGCGCAGACGAGGAUGAGGCUCAAUUCUUCGAAGAUCUCCUCUCAGAACUGAGCGGCUCAGACACCUCCAGCUCAGCGAGCGCGCUUCUCGAGACUUCGACUCGCCCAACGACUACCGACAGACCGGCGGAAGAAGGAGGCCAAUUAGAGGAGCUCGAUUCGAGCUUGCCUGCUGCACAUCUGCUCCCAUCGCUCGCAUCUGCUCUGCGCCUCAUUGUGCCCAUCGCGGACUCGGCUGCUGGAUCUGGAAGACCAGACGCUGUCUUGAGCGACUCAUACUCCAGCGCCGUCAGUGCAGCACAGACGUGCGACGACUCUGGAUUCGCCGAGUCCGCUUCCCGUCCAGCAUCGGCAGCCAGCUGCUGCGUUGGCUACCCAAACGUCUGCCCUUACCCUGCUGUUAUCGACCUAGCAGGAGGCUCUUCUGAGGAGCUUCCAGCUCUCAUUGACGAUAAUGACAGCGAUUUGGACGAGGAUGAAGACGCAGACGAUGACGGUGAACUGCAGCUUGGACCAACGCCAGAGGCAGCCGCUCCGAUCACGGCUGGAGCCUCUGGCCAAGAAGUAUCUGCUCUGUCGGAGGGCGACCUCAUGGCACCAAUCUCGCGCUCUCCGGUCAUUUCACCCGUUCACCCAGUCUGCGGCGAUCAUGUGGGAUUUUACGAUCUGCUCUCACCCGAGACCUCACGACCGACAUCGCCUCUGUCCAGCGCUUCGUCAAAGGGCGACGGAGAAGGGCCGAGUCCCUUGCUGUUGCCAUCGGAUGGUGGUCCGCUGCCCUCGCUCGCAGAGUUGUCGCUGCAGCUGCCUGCCUUAAGCGGCACGGAUGUCGUGGCUCCCCCCUCACGAACCCUGACAGGGGCCUGGUUCGAGCACAAGCUCGACUCUGCUGAUGGCACAGGUGCCAGAGCAGAUCGCAUCCGCUGGAGCACGUAUCCAUCGUCGUGCCACCGACCACCAGCACCGUUCGCUUCGUCGUCCACAACGCUCGAAUACCAAUCGUUUAGACUCGAUCACGAAGUCGAUUGCGAUGGCUCCCCCAUUGUGGCGGACCACGGUCCUACCGACCGUUCCGUCGUCGUGCACUGGUCGAGAUGA